ACAUGGUCUGGAACUCAGCUGGGGGCUAGGCUGCUAGGGCUCAGGCUGCUGAGUCUGCACAGGCCUGCCUGACAAACAUGGAUGCCAUCCAGAACUACUGCUACUUUGCCAGUUGCUGGGACCUCUGUUUCCUUCUCAGCAGCACCAUUGUUCUGACUCUGCUCACCUGCCUCGCCCGGAAGAUCCUACAUGGCUCCUUUCUGUGGGAUGGAAGAGGCAGUCAGCUCUGGGAGAGAAGCCAGGCAGGGCCUCCGCGCUGUACAGAUCUUCACUCCAAAACACAACAGACUGAGUUGAAGAGUCGAGGCUGGCCUCAAGCGGCUGCAGAAGAAAAAGAAGACAACGCAAGUGCCAAGGCCUUUCUGGCAUCCCAGUUCAGAGACCUCAACGAAAAGGAGCGUUGCAUCUCCCAGAGACCUCCUCCUCCUCAGAAUUCCAUCCGUCAGCUGCUCUGUAACGACAUGACCUGUGUCCUGUGUGAACAAGUAGCUGUGGAGGCCAAGAAACUGGCAUACCCCAGGGAAUUGUGCUACUGGUUCUUCAGGCUGCUCAAGCCAUCGAUCCCCCUUAUCUUUUCCAUGGGCUUCUCCAGACUGUCGGGUAUUAUCCACAUUGACAGGAAAGUGCCGAUAACCAAGCCAGUCCUGCGGGCCCAGAGCUGUCCUCUGCCAUCCAGCAGGCGAAGUCUCCGGAAGAAAGGGGAACGUGUAGUGCUCACGUCCAACAAGGUGCCCUUCCAGGGAGCCCAAUCCACCCAUCCCUUGGCCACAGUGAUACCCAGUGCUCCACCCUGGAUGCCUCCCACUGCUGAGUCUGGAAGUGCACAGCUGGGGGUACCCACUCAUUUGGAGGUUCUGGAGUCUCACAUCCUCAGGAAGAGGCUACAGCACCAGUGGGGCCUGCCCAGCCUGACCCAGCGAUCCUUGUGCCGGUUCCUUCCAGCUCCGCCUCCCUCCAUUGCCCGCCCCGAUUCCCCAUGGUGUGCUCAACUGGAAGAGAAUACUCUUCCAGUCACCAACCAGCUCACUUUCAUCCCCCUGGGGACCAAGAAGCUGCUGGAGAACCACCUCAAGCGUAUGAUUGUAGAGAGGCAAUGGGGCCUUCCCAAGAGGGUCAAGGAGUCUCUUCGGGGCUUCAUACCAGUCUCUGCACCACUGACCAAGAGGCCCAGGGAAGGGGAGAAGGCCCCACUGCCCCCUGAACUGAGGAGACCCAAAAUGAAGGGGCCUCCACCGGAAAAAGCAUCAAGUCCCCCGGAACGACCGGCUGGCUGCUCAGAGAGGCGGCCCCUAGAAGGCCUCUGCGAGUGGAAACAAGGCAUGGCAGGACCUUUAGCCAAGAAAGCCCUGAAGAUCCAGCUGGACUGCCUUUCCCAUCGGGAAAUCACCCACCAAGCUGAGAAAAGCAGCCUUCCCAAAGUCCUCCCGCCUGGGCUGAAAGGUGUUCGGCUGCGGUCCCAGCAACUCCCCUUUGUGGAGCAUGAUAUACUGGAUCGUAUCCAAUUUAACAUCAAGCACAAGCAGCUGGCCCACAGGUGGGGGCUGCCCACGCUUUACAGCAAGUCAGUGGCUCGCCUCUUCCAUGGAACGGCCCCACCAGCUCCGGACCCCCUUUUGCCCGCUCAGGCGACCACGGUCAGGUUCUCUGCUGCAGAGACGCUGUUCGUUGCAAAAGGGAUCCGAGAGAAGCUGGAGUGGCACGUCAAGAGGAAGCGGCUGCAGCACGCCUGGGGGCUGCCGGACCUUGUCCAGAGAUCCCUCCGCAAGCUUCUCCCCGCUGUCCCCCUGCAGUGUCGCCAAAAGCCUGGGCUGAGGAAUGUGAUCGUUCUUCCAGACCAGCUCUCCUUCCUCAGCAAAGAAACCACCCACAAGCUGAACCGGAAUGUUCUGAAAAGAGUCGUCCUCCAGCGAUGGGGGCUGCCCAGCAGAGUUCUGCAGUCCCUGAGACUGCUGUACCCAGAGAUGGGAUUUGGCUCCCCAGGCAGGAACGCAUCAAAGCCUCACCAGGCCCUGUCUGACAGCAUCCGUGGAGAUUUCCCAGGGCCUUUAGCAGUAAGUGGUGACAGAAGAAUCAGGAGCAGGAGAACUGCUGUUGCCCCGCAUAAGGCGCCUUUGCCCUGCCCCAUGCUGGGGCCCGAGGAACUGGAGAAGAUGGAGCACCACUUGGCCAAGAAAUCUGUGGAGGUGCAGUUGGGGGCCUUCCCCCCUCUCUCUAGGUUCUCUUGGCGCCUCGUAUUGCUCUCCACAAAACAGCUUCUCCCCAGGCUGAUCUGUCCCGGCCAGAAAUCCCUACGACUUCGUAGCGGUUUCCUGCCAUUUGUACCCCCAGAUGACGUGGUUCGGUUGGAGCUCUCUGUCCGUCGGAGUCACUUGGCCUCCCUCUGGGGUCUGGGCUUGCGCUAUGUGGAGGCACUCAGUGGGAUGGUGCCCAAGCCCCGCCUUGUCUCGCUCCUGCCCAGAUGGACGGGCAUUGAGUUCACAGAGGUGCACAUCAUAUUCCUUCCACAACCAGCCAAAGACGCCCUGGAAGUGCACAUCCAGAAGAAGAGGCUGCAGCAUCUGUGGGGUGUCCCUGCUCUCAUCCGGCGGUCGCUGGAGGCCUUUAUGCAAGGGUUCCCCCAACUGCCUUCUCGCCAAUUGACCGAGGUUCAUGUGAGCACCAUGCGGCAGGAACUCUCUUUCCUUCCCUGUAGUGUCUGCAGCCACCUGGAGCUCCAUGUGCAGAAGACGAAGCUGCAUCGACAAUGGGGUUUGCCCAGGAGGGUCCUGGCAUCCCUGAAGUGCCUGUGUCCAGAGGCUGGAAGUCUUGCCCUGAGACAAAAAGUGGCAAGGGCUCCCUUUGGCUUGCUGCACUCAGGAGGUGGCAGUCCCCCUGAAUUGUGGUCUGUGGGUACAGUAUCCAUGGGGCCAGGCACCAGGAAAGCGGAAAGAAUUGUGGGAGAUGCCACUCCACAGCCACUGCCCCCAGAGUGGUCUGUGGGUACCGUGUCCAUGGGGCCAGGCACCAGGAAAGCAGAAAGAAUUGUGGGAGAUGCCACCCCACAGCCACUGCCCCCAGAGUGGUGGUCUGUGGGUACCGUGUCCAUGGGGCCAGGCACCAGGAAAGCAGAAAGAAUUGUGGGAGAUGCCACCCCACAGCUGCUGCCCCCAGAGUCGUGGUCUGUGGGUACAGUGUCCACGGGGCCAGGCACCAAGAAAGCAGAAAGAAUGGUGAGAACUGCUGCCUCACAGCCUCUGCCCUCCAUCCUGGCAGCCAAAGACCUGGAGAAGGUAAAGCUCCGUUUGGCUAGGAAGUGUGUGGAGGUCCAGCUGGGAGCCUUACCAGCCAUGGUCAAGUUGUCUUGGCGUCGUGCAGCACUUUCUUCGAGGCAGCCUCUCCCCCAGCUCAUCCUCCCUGGCUGCAGGGCCCUGCAACCACGCCGCCACUUCCUCACCUUUGCACGGAGAGAGGAUGUCGAAAGGAUGGAGUUGGCUGUGCAGCACAACCACUUGAUCUCCCUCUGGGGCCUGGGUGUCAGCUACGUGGAGGCUCUGGGAGUAAUGAUGCCCAAACCGCCUUUACAGCCUCCCAGACGCAGAACAACUGCCUUCCGUUUCUUGGACAUGAAGACACCAUUUCUCCAGGAACAGGAAAGGGAGGCCUUAGAACUGCAUGUGAAAAAGAAAAAGAUCCAGCACAUGUGGGGCUUGCCGGUCCUCAUCCAGAGGUCACUUCUGUGUUUCACACACAGGACUCCCUCAGUCCACAUCUGUCACAAGGCCAAGAUUGCUGUCCAUAUCGAGCAUCUGCAGCCCUCCUUCAUUUCUGAAGGCGUCUGCAGGUCCUUGGAGCUCCAUAUUCAGAAGAUGAAGCUCCAGAGGCUGUGGAGAUUGCCUGGCAGAGUCCGUGAGGCCUUGAAGGGCUUUGUCCCCUCUAGUUCUUUGGUAAUCAUGGGAAGGGACAGUCGGCCACAAAGAUCCACUCUCACCACUCAGAAUCUGCUUAGGUUCACAGAAGGCCUGAACUUCACUGAGGAAAUGCGUGGCCGAGAUAAACCUGGUGCUGAUGUACGACAGAGAGCUGAGGACGAAGAGGAGGUUCAGCUAGAAGAACCACAGGUAUGUGGAGGAGAGACAUCCACAGAAGAAUCUACUAGUGGAAAGGGGAUCUCGACAGGAUGCAGCAUUGGUCCAGUAAGCAUCAGCCAUGAGGAGAAAGAGAUGGAUGUAUCCUGGAAGUUCCGAAAGGAAGAUGCUGCACCAUAUCCAGCCUCCCGAGUCCAGCUGGUGACCAAGGAAAGCAAGGCACCUCUGAUGGCAAAAAAGAUGACUUCCGCUGGGAAUGAGCCUCUGAGGAUGAUGCGUCCACAGAGCGAAGGUGGGGGAGAGCGAGCUCGCCAGCCUCAAUUCCUGCUGAAGGGAGACAGCAUGCUCCCUGUCCCUCACAAGGCCAUUGACAAGAAACUGUCCUUAAUCGGUUCAAUCCUAGAGAAGAAAUUGUACCUGAAGCAUGGACUUCAGGCCUGGCUGAGAAACCAGGAGAGGCAGAAGGAGAAGAGCAUUAAGAGAGGGCUCAUGGAGGUUGUGCAUGCUGAAGAAGUGUGGCACAAAGAAGAUAUCCAAAAUGACUCAGGUACUGCGUAUACCACAGAAGAAGCUGUCACUGUGAGACUGGAGGAAAUGCAGUGUGGCUGCAUUCAAGCAGCUGCAUCUGUGCUGCAGGCUAAGAAAGAGACUCUGGACCUGAUUACAGCCCCCACUCAAGAAGCACAGCUAUUUCAGGCAGGCAGGAUGGAGUCCUUUGUCGCAUUAGCAGAAGCUGCUGUAGGUUCAACUUCAUGGAAAUCCUCCCGGUUGAGCCACAAGGGAGCUGAGAGCUCUUUUGAGAACAGUGGAGAGGGGGAUGAGGGCAAUGGCAGAAGGCUCAUGAGGCAAGAAAGAAAGCUAGGCAUUAUCAGUCAAGAAAAACUGGUGGUAAGCAAAGAGCGGCGGUCGAGCAGCAAAGAGCGGCGGUCGAGCAGCAAAGAGCGGCGGUCGAGCAGCAAAGAGCGGCGGUCGAGCAGCAAAGAGCGGCGGUCGAGCAGCAAGAGGUUGGUCAGCAAAGAGCGGUGGUCAAGCAGCAAGAGAUCUAGCAGCAAAGAGUGGUGUUCAAGCCGCAAAUUUUGGCGGCCGAGUAGCAAGAGGUCAAGCAGCAAAGUAUGGAGGCCCAGCAAGAGAUCAAGCAGCAAAGAACAGUGGUCAAGCAGCAAAGAGCGGCGGUCGAGCAGCAAGAGGUCAAGCAGCAAAGAGCAGCAGUUGAGCAGCAAGAGGUCAAGCAGCAAAGAGCGGCAGUUGAGCAGUAAGAGGAUGAGCUGCAAAAAACAGAGAUGGAGCCGGUCAAGCAGGUCAAGCAGCAAAGAACGGAGAUCAAGCAGCAAAGAGCGGUGGUUGAGCAGCAAGAGGCUAAGCAGCAAAGAACAGAAAUGGAGCAGUAAGAGGUCAAGCAGCAAAGAACGGAGGCCGAGCAGCAAGAGAUCAAGCAGCAAAGAGCAGUGUCUGAGCAGCAAGAGGCCGAGCAGUAUAGAACGGAGGUCAAACAGCAAGCAAUCAACCAGCAUAGAAUGGAGGUCGAGCAGCAAGGAUUAUAGAUCAAGAACCAGCAAAGUGACUUCUGACAGUUCUGUGGAAAGCAUUUCCAGUGCCUGAAGCCAGGAAGAAGCUUGUGAGGUGUAGAGCAAAGGGGAACUGGCUGGAGAGCCUGAAGAUAUUCCCAUGCAGGUGGGUUCUCAAAGGAACUUUGUGUUUGCCAAUAAUAAACCAUUAUUUCCUUAA